AUGGCUUCCUCUUCCUUAAAACCCCGAGAUCGGAAUCGGAAACCGUUCCGCACCGAGUACCAGCAAAUUGAUUUAAAUACCUCAACACCCGAAACAUGGUUUGCAAAGUUUCUCGUUGUCCACUCGAAUGACGACACAAGACCACUGUCAAAGGUAUCUCCUUUUGUAAUAGCGAAAGCACUUGAACAGCUGAUAGGUAAAGAAUACAAUGCCAAGAAACUGGGCUCUGGAGAUAUCCAAGUCCACGUUGAAAAGCGAGAGCAAAGCAUUGCACUUCUUUCACUGACAAGCAUCAUUGGGAUAUCUGUCAUAGUAAGUUCACACCGGAGUCUCAACAUUGUUAAAGGAGUAAUUUCUGAGAGCGACCUUCUUGACUGUUCGGAAUCGGAACUUCAAGAAGGCUUACAACAGCACGGUGUGGUAGCUGUAAAGCGAAUAGUCAUGCGUAGGGAUGGGAAAGAAAUCCCAACAAAGCACAUAAUCCUUUGUUUCAAGCUACACAAGCUGCCAGACACAAUCAAGGCCGGUUACCUCAGUUGCAAUGUGAGGGCUUACAUCCCCAAUCCGAGUCGCUGUUACAAGUGCCAGCGGUUUGGCACGGUUCUCAGGUAUGCCGUGGGCAGCCCGUCUGUGCUAAGUGCUCCGGCAAAGACCAUUCGUCAGAGUCGUGCAGCAAUGAUUUUCAGUGUGCCAAUUGCAAGGGUAACCACCCUGUUUACUCCAGAUCAUGUCCUUGUUGGAAGGAGGAGAAACAGAUCCUCAAGCUGA